AUGUGGGCUGUUUUCAAAGGUCGAAACUUGAUCCGGUUUGUUAUUGCUGGAUGGCCCAAGAUCACGCAGCAGUUUGUCGGGUUAUCUGUGUUCAAUACCUAUGCCACAUACUUCUUCCAAUAUGCUGGGAACAAGAAUCCGUUUCUGGUGACCGUCAUCCUUUCGUGUGUCCAGCUCAUCUCCAUGCUCGCCACAGCCACAUUGACCGAUCAAAUCAGUCGUCGUCCGUUGACAGUGUAUCCCUAUGCUGUGACCGUUCUCUCAGUGCUGUGUCUGGGUAUUAUCGGCUGCUUCGACUACAAGACGACAGCACUCAGUUCUCUGCUGUAUAGUGAUGAGAUGAAGAUCUUCUUUGCCUGUCUGGCGACCUUCUCCACAACUGGUGCGUCCGCCAUCGGAUGCGCCUACGCAGCCGAGAUCCCUCAGCAACGGCUCCGCGCUCAGACAGCCGCCUGGUCUCUGGCUUUGUCGAAUAUGAUUAGCAUCAUGCUUAGCUUCUGCACCCCGUUGAUGAUCAAUCAGCCACCUACUAAAUGGGGCCCAAAGACCGGCUUCUUGUUUGCUGGUACUGGUACCAUAUCUGUGAUUAUUGCCUGGUUUAUCCUUCCCGAGGUAACGCGUCGCACACCGGGUGAAAUUGAUGAAUUGUUUGAGAAGAGGGUCAAUCUGCGGAAGUUCAAGGGCUAUGUCACUGAUGCUCGAAUCACUGCGGAUGAGUACCGCAAGCAACAGGAGUCGGCUUGA